AGCUGUUAGGGCAGUGAUUGGGCGGCAGCGCGAGCGCGCGCCCGACUGAGCGCGCGCCUGAGACGAGAGCCGAAGGUGUUAAGGUUCUUAAAAACUGUUUUUGGAACUGACAAAGGCAUCAAGUUAAAAAUGAUAGUGUUAAAUAACUUGAGGGCAACUCCAUUCAAGCUGUUAUGGAAAAUGACCCAGAAUCACCGAUCUGUACCAGUGAGACCAUGCAGCUUGUAUACCUGCACAUACAAAACCAGGAAUCGGGCCAUACAUCCACUCUGGCAAAGCUUGGACAUGGUACCUGAAGGUGAUCGACAAUCACCGAUCAAUAUCCGAUGGAGAGAUAGUGUUUAUGAUCCUUGCCUGAAGCCCUUAAAAAUUUGUUAUGAUCCAAAUACAUGUCUUCAUAUCUGGAAUAAUGGGUAUUCUUUCCUAGUGGAAUUUGAGGAUUCUACAAAUAAAUCCGUGAUUAGGGGAGGACCUUUGGAAAAUAAUUAUCGGUUAAAGCAGUUCCAUUUUCACUGGGGAGCAAUAAAUGACUGGGGUUCAGAACAUACUAUUGACAGUAAAUGUUAUCCAGCCGAGCUACAUUUAGUACACUGGAAUGCAGUCAAAUAUAAAAGUUUUGAAGAUGCUGCAAUGGAGGAAAAUGGAUUGGCUGUGAUAGGAGUAUUUUUGAAGCUUGGUGUGCAUCAUAAAGAACUACAGAAAUUAGUGGAUGCUUUGCCAGCAAUCAAACAUAAGGAUUCACUUGUUGAAUUUGGAACAUUUGAUCCUGCCUGUCUUAUGCCAACCUGCCCAGAUUUUUGGACCUAUUCAGGAUCUUUGACCACUCCACCACUUUCAGAAUCUGUCACCUGGAUCAUUAAGAAACAGCCAAUUGAGGUUGAUCAUAAUCAGCUUGAGGCAUUUCGGAUGCUGCUUUUUACUUCAGCUGGGGAGAAAGAAAAGAGGAUGGUUGACAAUUUUCGUCCACUUCAGCCACUGAUGAAUCGAACAGUCCGUUCCUCCUUUCAUCAUGAUCAUAUAUUGAAUCUGCAGAAGGGAGGCAGACAACAAACACACCAUGUUCCUCCGUGAAGAGAUAGCAAGAUAAUACCUUAUUUCAGUAUGUAAUCUACUUCUGGGCUUUUGUCAUAAUUUUGAAGAGAUUUGGGCUUUUCUUUUUAGGACAUAUCUUAAUGUGUAUUGCUUAUAUUUUAAAAGAUUAUUAACAAUAAACUUAGGGAGUAUCAAACAUAAACGAUAAGGUCACAGAAUGUGAAAAUGCCUUCUACAGGUAUUUUGCUUAUAAUUUGGUUAAACUUUCUCAGAGAUUUUUACUACUUUAUUUGGAUACAUUUAUCCUCAGAUUAAAAAGAAAAGAAAAGUAGCUUUUCAACUAAGCACGCAAAGGUCGUUUAAUCAACUUUAAAAGCAUUGUAAAAGUAAUGUUUGUGACUAUGAAAGAUCAAGCCUCAUUUAAAAAAAUGAAAAAAAUGUGUAAGUUAUAGACAAGUUGAUUUUUACAUACUGAGUAGAUUAUGAAAAGGGAAAAACAUUGUAAUUUUUAAUCAGAAUUUUGUAGGUCAUAUUAUUGUUAUUAACUUGUAAUAGGAUAUAUUAGCUACUUUCCACAGAGCAAAAGAAGUAGGGUAGAAAAUUGGUGUAAUGUCAUACAGUCUACAUUUUGUAUCAGUGAGGGCUGGGCAAAUCACAGUCUUUCUCAGUUACAUAAUGAAUUUUAAGAUUUUUUGAUGAAAGGUGGAAAGCAUUUUAAACUUGGUCAUAAUUAAACAAUUUGGUAUGCAGUACUUGACAUUAUAGAGACACUCAAAAUAAUAAAUACUAACUGAAUUGCUAUUUUA